UCCACACCCAGUAGCACCAUCUUGCAGCUUGAGGGACAGGCAGGCGAGCCAGGCAACCAAAGGCACCAUGUUGCCUAUAUAUUCAGAGAAAUUAUGCCAGUUUCUCAGUAAAGCUCGGUUUCCUUCUAUUUUGUUUCUUGGAGUUAUUUAUUUAUCAUAUGUCCUUCUUGGAGGGCUAGUUUUUUGGAAACUGGAAGGUUGGUAUGUGUUGAAACAGAUUGAGACUCUGAAGGAUGAAAGAACAAAACUGCUUGUGAAAUAUCCUUGUGUGGGUCAGAGUGGCCUCCGAGAGCUAGCACAGAUGAUUAAGUCUGCUUCCAUUGUUGGGUUGAGUCCAGAUAGCAACAACAUCACGGACGGUUUUUGGAAAUAUACCAGCUCAUCUGUGUUUGCAGCUACUGUGGUCACAACUAUUGGCUAUGGGAAUAUAAUUCCACUCACAGCCGCUGGUCAAAUAUUUUGUGUGUUUUUUGCUCUUUUUGGCAUUCCCCUCAACGUAGUGAUCUUAAACAGAGUUGGAAAGUACAUGUUGGCCAUUGAGAAAACAUUUUGCAACUUUCUUGCAAAAAAAUUUGAAAGAGCGAAAUGUGUGCAGAUAUUCUUCCACAGUAUAUCCUUCGUGUUGUCAGCAUUCAUGUACUUUGUGAUGCCUAUGAUACUCUUUAAAGAGUAUGAGGGAUGGUCAUAUUCUGAAGCUAUUUACUACUGCUUCAUAACACUCAGCACCAUUGGAUUUGGGGAUUAUGUUGCAGAUUACAACUCAGCGAUAAACUAUCCAGAAUGGUACGGUGGUCUGAUUGCAGCCUGGAUAUUCUUUGGCUUGGCCUGGCUUGCUCUUCUAAUCAAUCAUGGCAUUGAUUUACUCGAGAGUUUUAAUGCUCAUUUUAGAAGCAAGCAUAGUAAAGAAGAACAUGAACAAACACAAGUGGAGGACAUUACAGAACAGACUAAAAAACAAGCAGCGGUAGUAGCAACAUGAGCAUUGAGUUUCUGUAUCUACUGUACAAACUCAUAUAUACUUAUCAUAAUACAAUAUAUAAUUCAUUAAUAAAUUAAUUUCUGUUUAAUGUUUUACAAAAAUUACCGUGUUAACUAUUGAGCUUAAUGUUUUAGUCAGCCAACAGCACAUUUCUUGAUCCAAAAUGUAUAAAUAAAAGAUA